CCCCUCGACUCGAAACCAGCGAAUUCCGGAUCUCUCCCUGCUGUCCUUGUUGGAAUUGCCAAAAUGGCGAAGAAAGCGAAAUCGCGUACCGUCCCUGUCCGGCUCAUCUCGAUGGCCAUGACUGGCUUCUACCGCACGAUGAUCAGACCCCGUACCCACCGGCCGCUCAGCAUGCUCAAGUAUGACCCAGUCGUGAAGAAGAAGGUGCUGUUCCUGGAGGCGACCAAGGGUGGACGAGCGAGAUAAACCGCGGACUACGAUUACGAUUCCCUUUUACUCCUAUUUUUGCGAUUUGCGACUUAUACGAUGGAAUGGCGCUGCUUGGAGGAAAAAAGAGUUGCUGUUGAAUACCCUGUGCGGAGUGGUGCCGGAAGACGGUCAUGUACAUUAGACGGAAUACAGCGGUGGCUGUACUGGGAAGGGGAAUUCUUUCAGUUCUGCUAGCUGUGUAUUCUGGGUUUGCAUUCUGGCGUUUUGUGCAAUACAAUCUGGAUGUGUUUGAUAUAGCCAUGAUCCUUUCUCGAAUUACAUAUCCCGAUAUUGCCCUAUUCCGAUCCGUCACAUUCUCAACCGUUAUUAAAUCCCCGACGCUCGAUACUCACGUCUCAUAAUAUAUACU